AUGGGCACUGCCAAGUUCCCGUGCCACCGGGCCGUGCUCUCGAUGCACUCGCAGUACUUCCAGCGCAUCCUCGGGGUCAAUCCUCGCACCCAAAAGCUGGAACUGCAGGGCGUGUCCAGCGAGGCGUUCCGCGUCCUGCUGGACUACAUGUACAGCGGCAGGCUGCACAUCACCUGCCAGAAUGUGGGCAAGCUCUACGUGACGGCAAGCAUCCUACGGGUGCCGCGCGUCAAGCACAAGUGCGCCAAGAUCCUGACCAAGUCUCCGUACGACCCGAAGCACGCGGUGUACGUGUACGUGACGGCCCGCAAGUACGGCCUGCAGUCGGUGGGCAAGCGUGCCCUCCGGCUGCUCCAGCACCGGCUCGAGGAGACGGUCACCUGCAAACCCUUCCUGGACCUCGACCUGCCCCAGGUGUGCGAGCUGCUCUCCGGCAACUCCGUGGGCGCCAGGGGGGAGAUGGUGAUCUUCCUGGCGGCCCUGCACUGGCUCAACCACAACUACCUGGAGCACGAGGAGCACGUGCUGCGCGUGCUCCAGUGCGUGCGCUUCUCGACCAUGUCCAGCGAGGAGCUGCUCCGCUGCCUGCACCCGCCGCUGCUGCCGGGCAUCAUGGAGGCCCCCGAGGUGCUCGCCCACAUCCACGCCGCCAUCUGCUACAAGACGGCAGUAGAGUUGGACCAGCAGCACCUGUUCGAGGAGCGUGUCGAAAAGCCGCGCUACUUCAAACUCGACGGUCCCAUCACACUCUGGCGUUCCCCGCUGACCGCGAGCGACCCCCUGUGCGACUACCUGGUCCGCCCGCCCGGCGACGGGGACCAGCAGCCCAUGUGGAGCCGGGACCCCUACGAGAAGCUCCCCGGCGUGGCGGGCUCGCCGUGGGACGCCGCGUCCGCCGUGCUCCUCGCCGUCGGAGGAUACAACCCGGAGGCGCCGUUCGAGACCGCCACCGGCAGCAACAUACUGAGAUACCACGUUCGGAACAACAAGUGGGAGCAGUACGCCUCGUUCCCCAUGCCGAGGCACCACCACUGCGCCAUCCUGUACGAAGACAAAGUCUUCGUCAUGGGCGGCUACGACAACUACCAGACGGCCGGCGGCCAGCUGGAGCCGACCAACAUGUGCUUCGCGUUCGACCUGAGCCGGAGGUUGUGGCAGCCGCUGCCCGGCAUGGCCCACGCCAGGGCCUACCACGCGGCGGCCAUUGUCGACCAGACCAUCUACGUGCUGGGCGGCAGGAACUCCGACGGACGGUCGGUGCCACCCCUUCUUGUCCCAUAA